AUGACGCAAACCGAUAACUCAAACGAUAUAGAUUGUUCAUAUGUCCCCGUACCCGGAGAACCUCACACCGUUGAAGCUCCGGCCGAGAGCCGUGGAAAGUUGAAGGCGGGGAUUGUGAUCUUUUGUGGAUUGUUAUCGCUAGCUUCCUUAGUAGCAUACACUGGUUACAUUGCACCAAAUAACAAAAGCGAUGAGUUAUAUUCAACAUUAAAAUCUCAUUCAAAUGAAGAUAAAUAUAAAACAAUACCUUUUCGUAAAUGGGAACCGGUUUCAAGAGGCGUGUCUGUUGGUGUUUCAGAGAAAUCCAAUAGGAUGUUCAAAACCAAGACCAAUGUACGAACUUAUCCUUGGAAUAACCAUAUGUUAUCAUGGCAGAGAACCGCUUUUCAUUUCCAGCCGAAACAUAAUUGGAUGAAUGAUCCUAACGGUCCAUUGUACUACAAGGGUCGGUAUCAUUUUUUCUACCAAUACAAUCCAAAUGGCGCGGUUUGGGGUGACAUAGUAUGGGGACAUGCAGUCUCAAAAGACUUGGUUCAUUGGCUUCAUCUUCCACUAGCAAUGGUAGCAGAUGAAUGGUAUGAUCUAAAUGGUGUGUGGACAGGUUCUGCUACAAUAUUACCAAAUGGUGAACUCGUCAUGUUAUAUACUGGUGCAACAAAUGAAUCAAUACAAGUACAAAACCUUGCAUACCCUGCCAAUACUUCGGAUCCACUCCUAGUUAAUUGGACCAAAUACUCGGAAAAUCCAGUUCUAUUCCCACCCCCUGAAGUUAAUUUCAUUGAUUUUCGUGAUCCGACCACGGCUUGGCUUACCUCUCAAGGUAAAUGGCGUAUAUCAAUUGGUUCUAAGAUUAACGAAACUGGUGUAGCUUUGGUUUACGAUACCAAAGAUUUCAAGACUUUUGAGCGUGUGGAGGGUAUGCUUCGUCGUGUGCAAGAAACUGGCAUGUGGGAAUGUGUUGAUUUUUUUCCUGUGUCAACUAAAUUGGAUAACGGAUUGGAUACUUCUGUUAAUGAUGAUGGUGUUAAACAUGUGAUGAAGGUUAGCUUGGAUGAAGAAAGACAUGAUUAUUAUGCUAUUGGAACUUAUAAUGAAAGUAUUGCUGAUUUCGUACCCGAUGAUAUUAAUAAAGAUGUUGGUAUUGGAUUGAGGUAUGAUUAUGGUGUAUUUUAUGCUUCCAAGACAUUUUAUGACCAAAGUAAAAAGAGAAGAGUAUUGUGGAGUUGGGUUGCUGAGUCUGAUAGUGAAUAUGUUGAUGUUGAAAAAGGUUGGGCAUCACUUAUGGGUAUUCCGAGGACACUGGUGCUCGACAAGAAAACGGGUAGCAACUUACUUCAAUGGCCUGUUAAGGAGGUGGAGAGUUUGAGAACCAAAAGUCACAAGUUUGAAAAUUUGCAGGUGAAGCCAGGGUCAAUUGUAUCCCUAGAUAUUGGAACAGCAACUCAGUUGGACAUUUUAGCUGAGUUUAAUAUUGAUGAAAAAGCUAUAAACAAGACAAGGGAGACCAAUGUGGAGUACAAUUGUGAAACUAGUGAUGGAGCUCGUGCUCGUGGCGCGUUAGGACCUUUUGGUUUAUUGGUUCUAGCAAACGAUAAUCUUUCUGAAAAAACUCCUAUUUACUUUUAUAUUGUUAAAGGAAGAGACGGAAAUCUCAAAACUUCCUUCUGUUCUGAUCAAUCCAGGUCUUCUUUGGCAACUGAUGUUAGUAAGAAAAUCUUUGGAAGCUUAGUCCCAGUGCUUCAAGAUGAGAAGCUAUCUCUAAGAAUAUUGGUGGAUCAUUCUAUUAUUGAAAGCUUUGCUCAAGGUGGAAGAACAUGUGUGACUUCUAGGGUUUAUCCAACAAAAGCAAUCUAUCGAAAAGCUAGAUUGUUCUUGUUUAAUAAUGCUACUGAGGCCACUGUUUAUGCUUCACUUGAAGUUUGGCAUAUGAAGUCUGCAUCCAAAAAGCCAUUCCAUUACGAUCAAAUGAGUUAA